GGAUAAGGGUAAUGGGUUUUCUCUCAUUGGAUGAGAUGAGAGAGGAAAAUGCCGUUCACACACUCUAUCUUCAAUGGCAUUCCUCAGCCAUCCCGUCUUUCUGUGAACAAAAACUGCACAAGAUUCAUUACCAAAGCGAGCAAAAGGAAGGAGAAUGGUGGUCCAACUUCAAGAAACCAGCAGCUUCCCAAGUUCCAACUCAAGGUUUCCAACACAGUUAUCGCAAGGUCUGUGGUUGUUUUAUUCGGACUUGGAUUCAUUGAUGCUGGGUAUAGUGGGGAUUGGUCAAGGAUUGGAGUGAUCUCAAAGGAUGUUGAGGACUUGCUAAAGAUUGCUGCCUUCUUGGGUUGCCAGGUUAGCUCGGGUUGGAGGCCGUCAGAGAUAUUAUCACAUUGUCAAGUCUACGCUAUCGGCGUAAGUAAAUCUUAGUGUUUCGAGUCUAUGGCAUGUAUAGGGUUGUAAAGUUGAGUAAGUAAAUGAUACAAGACUAAGAUAUUGGUAAAUAUUUAAUAA